GGUAGAGAGAAUUCGCGUCCGACCGAAACCUAUCUUCACGACGAGUGGAAAUCCUUCGGCAGAAAACCUGGAAAGCAGUGGAGGCAGCGUUCGAUGGCUCUGUGAGAUUGCGCGCGCAUCCCAGCCGGGCCUAAACUCCGUGCCGACUUGUUACAUCCUAUGUCCUCAGCUUGGCCUGUUCCAGGCCCGAUCAUUGCUGGCAAAACAUUCCUAGAAAAGACUGUUGCUCUCAUCGCGAUACCUCCAUCUUUCCAGAAUGACCAUCGUCGCGAGUGCAUGUCCAAGUGGCGAGUGAGAAGAACGAUGGAUUCUUAGUCUGUAGAUGUAGCCGGGUAACGUAACUAAUUUCCGUUCAUUUUGAAAAAUACAGUUUUAUAUCAUAUUAACAUAAUUAGUUUAUGGUUCCUACCGGCCUAAUACAACUGAGAUGUGUGACCAGGAGUUACAAAUUUUCGACGAAGAUGAUGAACAACUGAAUGAAAUUUUCUCUGGUUGACUGAAGACUGCAAUAGAUCAUUAAUGAUGCUGCCUACAAAUGUAAUGACUUUCAUGAAGAAGAUGGUGACAACUGAGGGUGUUCCAGGUGGAGCAAACAAUGAAAAUGACACUGGGACAACGUUUGGGAAACUGAAACAAACUCUGUCGUCGUCACUUCUUACUGCUCAGGAUAAAGUUGUGAAAAUGACACCUCGGCCUUCGUUGAUACCAGAUUUAGAUCUUGCAGCCCCAGCCGAAGAAAAACCUACAACACCACCCAACCCAACGCCUCCACCUAAGCCCGAGCCUGGCAAACCUCCAAGUCGCGACGGAGCUUGUAGAGUCUGUUUGAAAGCUUUCAAACCAGAUGAUUUCAGUCGGACAUGCGCUGAAUGUAAACAGAGAGUAUGUGAAGACUGUGCCAGUUACAGCAAACAGCCUGAAGAUGAAGUUUCAUCGGACUGGACGUGUAGCGUGUGUAGGCGAAAGCUUCAAUCGAGGGUGGCAGUUGCAGCCACUACAGAUUCUAAUGAGAGUUUGCUGGAUAUUCCUAUUCAAGAACUUCAACGAAGACACUCAGAGGCAAGAUUAGGAUCAAAUAGCUGCGGUAGCGGUGUGUUAGGCAUCGCUGGUGGUGGAAGUGUAUUGGCACCACCAAGAAGUCCUGAUCUGAGGAGACAUUCUGAUGUUUCUCCAGCUUCCUUGAAGGAAAUCGAAAAGUUGAAAGGCGGAGGCGCAAAAACUCCAGAUCCUGAUUGGUCUAGAGGAAGAAGUGUCGGUCGCAGUACUGCCAACAGUAGGGCGAACAGUCCCCCAACGGAGCAACUACCUACCAAUUUACCGCCAAGUCACCGCUCAAGAAGAGGAUCGAAAAUAUCGAGGCAACAUAGUUACGACGAAGAAAAGAAGAAUUCUUUAGGAACUAGUAAUGCUGAGCCUGGACUAGGUUUGCCGGCCCCCAUGCCAAGAAGAGCUUCCGCCUAUGAUGUCUACGCUGUACAAGGACUGAACGCCGCACCUGCUAUUCCUUCUCUUGGAAGAAGAGCUUCUUUCAGAGUACCUCCUCCAGAACCCUCAAGUCCUCCAAGUCCAGAAUCGUGCCAACCAAUAGCAACACUCACAAUAUCACCAGAAGAAGAUAGGAAAGUUAGGAGAAGAAAUUCACAAUUGCCAGAUAUUGCUGGUUUGCGUACAGGACCAGUUCACAGACCUGUUCCUGCUCUGGAAGAACUGGAAGCAACCCCGAGGAGGCAAGCUUCAAUCGAUGCUGAGGCAAUCAGAAUCGUUAUUCACGAUGUUGAUUCAGUUGGAAGUGCAUCCUCUCAGAGAAGGGUGGUUCUGAGGAGGGAUCCAUCAGAUAAAGCGCAUAGAACUCGAGGUUUUGGAAUGAGAGUUGUGGGAGGCAAGACGGCAGCCGAUGGACGUCUUUUUGCGUAUAUAGUUUGGACAGUUCCAGGAGGACCCGCAGAAAAAGGUGGCUUACAACAGGGCGAUAAAGUUCUGGAAUGGGGUGGCGUUUCUCUUAUAGAUAGAUCAUUCGAGGAAGUUUGUGCCAUCAUGGACAGGACGGGAGAUUUCGUUGAAUUAUCAGUAGAACAUGCAACUGAUUUAAGGAUUUGUGAUUUAUUUGACGAACCAACACUACCUACUUCCUCCUUCAGAAAACAAUCUGAGGUGGUUGGAAUGACUGGUUUACACGUAGAGACUGAGGCGGAAAAAGUGCCAUCAUCACCCACAAGAAGAAAACUACCCAAGACGCCGGAACAAAUAGCUAAAGAUAAGACUGUGUCUGGAAGAGUUCAGUUACAAGUCUGGUAUAACGAUGAGAGGAAAGAACUUGUAGUCGCUGUUUUGGCAGCUGAUGAUUUGGCAGCAAGAGAUGAAAGCUUAGGAUAUGGUGCACUGCCAGAGGCAUAUGCUCGCUUAUGCCUGUUACCCUUAGUAUGUGAGGAACAUUGUGUUCAAACCGAAGUGGCUCCAGCAAGUCAAAACCCCAUCUGGAAUGCUAAUCUAGGCUUUCCAGGAGUGCCAGGAGAAGAGCUAAUGGGAAAAAUGUUGGAAAUCACCUUAUGGGACCUCAUACCUCACAACGAACAUGCAUUUCUUGGAGAAUGUUCAGUCGAUAUCCAAAAGGCCUUUAUAGAUGAUAGAGCAGUGUGGUACAGAUUAGAAGAUCCGAGACAAUUGAGGGGUAGGUCACCUAGAGGUUCUCCUAGAGGUUCUAAUGCCGGUAUCAGCAAAUUUGGACAAAGGAGCAUGUCAGACGAUGUGGAUUCUAUUGGAGAAUGUGCUAGUUUGUUACAUCCUGAUCACGCUUGGGGUUCGAGGAGAGGAUCAUCCCAGUCUGAACAGCUCGAAGUGGAAGUCUACAACCUAGGAAAAGAUUUUUCAAGGUCUCUUCCUGGGUCCAGAAGGUCAUCAUUCCAAUCAGCUCAAGAACAAGCAGAACAAGAUUUACCUGCUGUACCUCCACAUCCAUCAUACAACAGAGAUAGAAGAAGAAGCAGUUGCACUAAGAUGCUGAGAGAUCCAGAGGAAAUACUGAAAUCCUUGAAGGCGGUUAAAGGAGAAUUAGGACGCACAAUGAGUCUGGCCGGUGAAAAGCGCUCACGAAGAUCUAGUGCAGCAUCGACACGUGAAGAACGAAAGAAUAGUGUAAUGGAGAUCGUAGAAGUUCCAAAGGAGGAUUCACCACUUUCCAGUCCAGAGCGCACCUCACCACCAAGACUUGGUCCAGGACAGAUCAAGCCCAGAGGUUUUCGACUCAGUAGCAUCCGUCCUGUUGAACUCAAUCUGGGUCUUGUAAUGACAAAAGGCCAACUAGAGGUUGAAGUUGUGAGUGCUAGACACAUUCUUCCAAGGGAAACACCACCUGACACGUAUGUCAAAUGUUACCUACGAGACGGGGCAAGAUGGUUACAGAAAAAGAAAACUAGAGUAUUCAGGCAUUCUUGCGAGCCUCAAUUCAAGCAAGUACUCAAAUAUCAAGCUUGUGACGUUCUGGGCAGAACCUUGGUUAUUAUGUUGUGGGAGAAGCAAGGGGGAUUCGAGCAUAAUCAAGGAAUUGGAGGAGCAGAGAUAAGCCUAGAUAAUCUCACUCUAACACGUUUGACAACCGGUUGGUAUCCUUUGUUUCCGAUUAAUUCUCUCGGUUCUGACUCGAACGAUUCACCCUGACCAGAUCUGGAUAGUCCUGUGGAGAGUUUGGAAUGAUUUCGACCUGGAAUAGGGAUGGGAGUAUUAUUGUUCACCGCCAAAUCGUGCAUAAAUCACUUUGAGAAAGGGCACACGAUCGCUGAUAGUUUAAUCGGGCUUUUAAUACCAGAAAUAAUAAAGAUUAAAGCUCUAACGAAGAGCGCCUGUAGAUAAUAAAGGAUAACGAAACCAUAGCGAAACGUGCUGUCAUAAAAGGUGAGUAGCGAUAAUUUUGGAUCUUCUCAGUAACGCAUAACCUAACCUAUGAUGACAGCACAUUUUCCUGUGGUUAACAAUUAACCUAGAUUUAUGCCAGUCCGAUACUCUUACUUCUAAAUACCAAUGGAGAUAAAUGCAAGUAAGGACAUUCGUCGAUUGUAAAUAGAAGCCCAAUCAAACUAUCAAUCGUUGGAAAGUAUGCAAUAUGCGGCCACUCCAAAAACUGAUCAAAGUCCAUUGAUAAAAAUCCUUUCAUUCAAUAUGGGACAGUUUAUUUUAUACUGAAAUGGAUAUUUUAUUCACAAAAAAUCUAUCUAUUCAAUAAGCUUGCUGUGAAUUAUCAAAUCAUUGAACCUAAUCAAAUCAAGUCUGGAUAACAAAUGAGUGAUACUCAAACCUAAAAACCACAGGAUCUCUAUCGGAAAGUCUCACUAUGAAUGAACGACCUCACUCUGCUUUCAAAUGGUUUAAGUUUGCAUCUUUAUCCAGCAUCAAAUAACAAUUAUGCUAUAACCUCUUCUAUUUCACUGACAAUUUUGAAAGUUGUUAUCAUGAUUGAAAACCUAACUGCUCUUCAUCUCUUCAUAUUGGUUAAUCUAUAAUAGUUGGUGCGUUAUAUUUGUUACUUCAUGCUGCAUAAAACUACAAACUACAAUUGGAUAUUCAUAUUGAAGACUAAGCUACAAAAAUACUGUGAGCGCAGUACUAGGUACUGCGAAAGAUCUUGUGGUAAGGUUAGUAGAAUUUACCCAAUCGAAAUCAAUUGACACUUAUUUAAGAACUCAUUUUCAUGGCAGUUUUGAGAAGACUGAUUUUUUAUACUCUGACUGCGGAUCCCACAAAACUUCAGUCGACUAUUUAGCUAGAAAUUUAUGAUGAACUGAAAGAAGAGAGGAAAUAUGACAAUCACCGCAAUGCAAGUUUUGUGGAACCCUCCAUGAGUUUGUGAAUAUUAGAGUUUUAUUCUGAAAAUUAGGUUUUUUAAUAUGCAUAAAUAUAUUGCAGUAGUCAGAAUACACUUUCCAAAUGAAACCAAAACUGUUAUGAUCAUGGGAUGGAUAUAGAUUAAGGUUUUAAGUUCGAUACAUUGGAAAAAUUUUUGAGAGAUCAGAAAUUGCUUCAGUAAUGAUAUUUUCACUGAACUGCAGAAAUAAACAUUAGACAAAGUUACAAGAGAAAAGUAAUUACAGGGAUUAGUAUCAUGAUAUAGUCGAAGUCAAAUAUUGUAAAAAAUUUUUGACUGAUUACUUUAAUACCAAAAACGAAUACAAAUUAUUCAAAGCAUUCCAAAUUCUGAGCCAUUUCAUUAACAAAAAUAAGGUACUUCGAAUAUGGGCGAAUUAUACUGCUUUAAUUAGUGAAGUAUUAAAUUUCAAAUCAAGGAUUGCAAUUUGAUAGAUAUUCGAACUAUUCAAAAAUCAAAUCAGUUUCAUCAAUCACAAUAUAACUUACUAGUAGCAAACAGAACGUAGGUCAUUAAUGAGUAACGAGACGAGAUCUUAUUUACCAACACCACUACAUUUAAUCCAAAUCAAUUCAACAUUGAAAAUAAUUUCCGAGUUCCUAACAGAAAAUCGAUAAUUUUGUAGUCGAGCAAUUUCAAAUGGAAGCAAUAUUAGGUGGUGAACUCAUUUCUGUAUUUUUCUCACUCACUCUUUUUCUCAAAAACAUUAAUAUUAUUUAUCAUAUCGUAUUAUCUUUCGGCUUAGCAAUAUUUUCCUAUUUUAUUUUCCUCUUCUUUCGUUUUUUAUGAUUUUCAUAAUGUUGUUGGUUGAAAAAUAUGAUUACCUAACUUUUUCGAAUUGAUGGCCAAAAUAGUAAUGAUAAGUAAAGGUCCAAUUUUACAAAAUAAGUAUAUCUUCUGAGUAUUGUUUCUUUGAAUUUUUCAAUUCAUGAAACGCUUACUGCUUCAAUAUAAUGGACCAAAGGUAACAUAUUAGAUUAUAGCAACCAUCUUUCAGAUGUUGCGUCGAACUAAUAGUAAUAAAUGUUUAAUUGUUAUAGAUGUGUCGAAUUUGAUGUGCUGACAUACACCAAUGUAAAUAUCGAGGUAGGAUAAUCGUUACAAUAUAUUUUACUUGAAUCUACUCUGCUUGGAAAAUGAGCAAUAUUUUGAGAAGAAUGUAGGACUUUAAGGAAACGUGAUACGUAUGUUUUUUUAACGUUUUUUUUAUCCAUUCACUUCAAUACCUCCUCAGGAGCUCAGAGCUUGAACGAGUUUGGAGAACCAGUUGUGUUCAGAGUAUAGGCUUUGUUACUGUGUCCUAUCGCGACAGUAUUGUACUAUAUAAUCUGAUAUAGAUAUCUGAUAGACUAUAUAUCUGAUAUAUAGUCUAAGAUUGUACCUAUUUACCCAACAUCGAAUGGUUGGAAGAUCCCUCGAAUAUUUUUUUUAUUUGACUCGUUGUUUGCUCUUUAAAAUCUAUGGUGAAUCUAAAAACGAAUUGAUUUAAUUGUGACAAUUGCCAAUAUAGAAGUUUUGUAAUACCUUCAACACGUGAAAUUCUUUUCUUUUUUUCUUUUAGAUUUUUUACUUUUACUUUAUUCAUCUUUUUUUGCUUUUAUUUAGAUUUUCCACAUAUUCUCGUUUUUCUUUCAUUCCAAUUCCACUCAAUUCAUUGUUUCCAAUUAUACUUACUAUUUGAUUAUUCGAAGAAUUUCAGAUGAAGCUUCUACCUAUUGUUUUAUAUUAUCCUUGAGUAGUUGAAUACACAAAAUAAUAUUAUAGAUACAGAUACAUAAAUGACUAACGUAGAUCUUAUAAGAAACGAUUACGCAUUAUUUCAAAUUUUAUUAUCCAAUAACUGAAUUAGUGCAAAUUGUUGUCAUUGUUAUAAGUUUUAUACGUUA